UUUAAGUAAUUAAAGAAAUAGAAACUGCCCUUUCUCGUCCAAAGAGUUAAAUCUCGCGAGUCGAAGAACUCAAAAUAGCAGAUUCAGCAGAGCUUGUUGGAUCGACGAUCACUCGAUUUCAUUCCAGCUCCUUUGCUUCCUAUCGAUCUCCCUGAAGUUUAAAGUUUCUCUUUUGUUUCUACUGAAUCUGCCACUGCUCAUUCUGAGACCUCUUUGAUUUACGUUUGGCAUAUGGAACUGUAGCUCAUUAUAGCAGAUCAAGUGAGUAAAAUUCAACCGAUGGCAAAUGAAAAGACUGGAACUCCAAAUUUCCCAGGAAGACCUGCUGCCUCUCCCUUUGCUGCUGCUGCUCCUCCUCUGACAACAAUGCCCUUUUUAUCCUCUGGGCCAGUGGUUGGAUCUGAGGCUUCUGGUAAUAGAGCUUCACCACCGGCUAGGUUUAAUGGUCCAUCUAUGUCUUCUCCACCAUCUUCUUAUGUCCCACAGGAUGCUGGUUCUUAUCAGCGUUUUUCAACACCACGUUUUCCUCCUCCAGCUCAAUCAAUGCCUCCCUCAUAUGGUCCACCUGCUGGGCAGCCAGGAUUAUCCCCAUCGAUUCCUCCUCCUGCAGGUCAACAAAUUUUACCUCCACCUCCACCUGUUUCUUUCCGUCCACAACCCCAGGUUCCUUUAGUGCCUAUGGGACCUCCUCCUCAAAAUGUACCUCUCACACCACCAAUAGGGAAUGUGCCUCACUCUUCAUUAGCGUCCUCGUUUCCUCCUUCCAGAUCAACUCUGCAGCCAUCUCUGCCUGGAUAUCCUAAUGUGCAACCUUAUCCAGCUUCACAAGUUCCAUCUCCUCCAUCUCCAUUUUUCGCUCAACAAGGAGGUUAUGUACCACCGCCACCUGUAGCAGCUUCAAUGGGUCUUAAUUCAAGGGAACAAAUGCAAUACCCCAAUACAAUACCUCCUGUGGGUCCUGUUCAAGGAUUGGUUGAGGAGUUCCAGUCACUUUCUGUUGGAUCUGUUCCGGGAGCCAUGGAACCGGGACUCGAUUCUAAAGCAUUGCCGAGGCCUUUGGAUGGUGAUGUAGAGCCAAAGUCCUUUGUUGAGAUGUACCCAUUGAAUUGCCAUCCAAGAUAUUUAAGGCUUACAACCAGUGGAAUACCAAACUCCCAAUCAUUGUUUUCUAGGUGGCACUUGCCGGUAGGAGCAGUGGUUCAUCCGCUUGCUGAAGCUUCUGAUGGGGAGGAAGUGCCUACAGUUAAUUUUGGACCAAUGGGAAUAAUUCGAUGUAGAAGAUGUCGCACAUAUGUCAAUCCCUAUGUUACAUUUUCUGAUGGGGGUAGAAAGUGGCGCUGCAACAUCUGUGCUUUGCUCAAUGAUGUUCCUGGUGAAUAUUUUGCACAUUUGGAUGCAAAUGGUCGAAGAAUUGAUUUGGAUCAACGACCUGAACUCUCAGGGGGUAGUGUAGAAUUUGUGGCUCCAACUGAAUAUAUGGUGCGGCCUCCAAUGCCACCGCUAUAUUUUUUUCUCAUUGAUGUAUCAGUGUCUGCCGGCAGAAGUGGUAUGCUUGAGGUUGUAGCAAAGACCAUUAAAUCUUGCUUGGAUGAGUUGCCUGGCUUCCCCAGAACACAGAUUGGGUUUUUAACUUUUGACAGUACGAUACAUUUUUACAAUAUGAAGUCAUCUUUGAUGCAGCCUCAAAUGAUGGUGGUGUCAGAUUUGGAGGACAUAUUUGUACCAUUGCCAGAUGAUCUGCUUGUUAACUUGUCUGAAUCAAGAAAUGUGGUGGACGCGUUUCUAGAUAGCUUGCCAUCCAUGUUCCAGGACAAUGUAAAUGUGGAAUCUGCUUUUGGUCCAGCUCUUAAGGCAGCAUUCAUGGUUAUGAACCAACUUGGGGGUAAAUUGUUGAUCUUCCAGAAUACACUACCAUCACUUGGCGUUGGCCGCUUAAGGUUACGAGGAGAUGAUCAUCGUGUUUAUGGAACAGAUAAAGAAAAUGUGCUGAGAAUACCCGAGGAUCCUUUCUACAAGCAAAUGGCUGCUGAUCUUACCAAGUAUCAGAUAGGGGUGAACGUAUAUGCUUUCAGUGACAAGUACACUGAUCUAGCAUCCCUAGGAACUCUGGCAAAAUAUACUGGUGGACAAGUAUAUUACUAUCCAGGUUUCCAUUCGACUAUCCAUGGUGAGAGGCUGAGAUAUGAGCUUGCGAGGGACCUUACAAGGGAAACUGCUUGGGAAGCUGUGAUGCGUAUAAGAUGUGGCAAAGGGGUCCGGUUUACAAAUUAUCAUGGACACUUUAUGUUAAGAUCUACAGAUUUAUUGGCACUUCCAGCUGUUGACUGUGAUAAAGCCUUCGCAGCACAGUUGUCUCUGGAAGAAACAUUAUUGACUACUCAGACUGUAUAUUUCCAAGUUGCUUUGCUAUACACAUCAUCUUCAGGUGAAAGGCGUAUUAGAGUCCAUACAGCAGCAGCACCUGUGGUAUCGGAUCUUGGAGAAAUGUACCGCCGGGCUGAUACUGGUGCCAUAGUUUCUUUGCUUACUAGGCUUGCGAUUGAGAAAACCCUGACUCAUAAGCUGGAAGAUGCACGGCACUCUAUGCAGUUGAGGAUUUUGAAAGCUCUUAGGGAAUAUCGAAAUCUCCAUGCUGUGCAGCAUCGCUUGGGGGGCAGGAUGAUAUAUCCAGAAUCACUGAAAUUCUUGCCUUUGUAUGGAUUAGCACUUUGGAAAUCCACACCUCUCCGUGGGGGAUAUGCUGAUGCUCAACUUGAUGAACGUUGUGCAGCUGGUUUCACUAUGAUGACUUUGCCUGUUAGAAGGUUACUGAAGCUUCUCUAUCCAAGCUUGAUUCGGAUUGAUGAGUAUCUUGAAAAGGGAUCCACUAAGGCUGAUGAUUUUAAGAAUUUCUCAAAAAAUUUACCUUUAUCCACAGAGAGUUUGGAUCAAAGAGGUCUCUAUAUUUAUGAUGAUGGUUUUCGCUUCAUUAUUUGGUUUGGCAGAAUGCUUUCAUCUGCUAUAUCUUUCAAUUUACUUGGAGUCGACGUGUCUGGUUUUCCUGAUCUCUCUAAGGUUAUCCUUUGUGAGAGAGACAAUGAUAUGUCAAGAAAGCUGAUGGGGUUACUAAAGAGAUUUAGGGAAAGUGACCCUUCCUAUUACCAGUUACCCCAACUUGUAAGACAAGCUGAACAACCAAGAGAGAGUAUGUUGCUGCUUGCAAACCUUGUGGAGGAUCAAAAUGGUGGAACUAGUGGCUAUGUUGACUAUAUAAUGCUAAUACACCGGCAGGCCCAGCAAAGUGCUUAAUAUGCAGGUUGUGUUUCAUUGGCUUCCUAUAAUUUGGGGCCUGCAUCCUAUUAUAUGGCCUCCGAUGAUUCUGACAUCCAGCUGAAGUUGAAGGCGAUCUUUCAGUGGCAUCAGAAUAGACUAAUCUAAGCUUAUGGUUCCACCGCCGAGUUUUGAGGGAUGGAUGAUUGGAUGAAGAGAGCAUUCACAUUCAGUGUGCAGAAAAUCAAACUAUUUUGUUGGUGCUGUCAUUAAAAAAAACAGAUUUGUUGGUGUUAUUUGUGGAAGUAAUAAUUAUUAGAAGUACAGUUUAUUACAUCAUCGUAUUGUGCCAGUAUCUAGAGAAGGGGGGAAAGAAAAAUAAUAAGAAUGGUCGUUGUCUUGCA